AUGAAGGGAUGUACCCACCAGGUGGGUUUACCAAUUUUCUCCAGUCAAAUGGCUUCUGCUUGGCUGCGUAACUCAAAGGACCCAGUUGAUGGAACCGAUAGGAAGGCAGAUCAAUAUUGGGCGGAUGUUACUGAAGAAUACAAUAAAAACACAGAGGUUUGCCGUAGGAGAAACCAGAAUCAACUGAAGAUCCGCUGGGACCGUGUUAAGAAACCAGUAAUGGAUUUCCAUGGUUGCUGGAAUAGAACCACCAAAGUCUACAGAAGUGGUGUGAGCGAUGAUCAAUUGAUGGAAAUUGCUAAGAAGAUGUAUGCUGGUGAACAUAAUGAUAAAGAAUUUACACUGAAGCAGUUUUGGAAGGUUGUGCGGAAUGAAAGGAAGUGGUCUGCAUAUGUGAAAAAGGAACAGGAAAAAGAGAAGAACAAGAGUGCAGCUGAUUCGCCGUCUGAAGUGGUGAAUUUGGAAGAUAAUCCUAAGAUUUGUCCUAUUGGACAUAAGAAGGCUAAGGCUGAGCUCUAUGGGAAAAAGAAGACACCUGAAGCUUUUUCUGCUAUUACUGACAAGCUAGACAAGUUCAUUGAAGUAAGCACAUUGGCUAGAAAGGACCGUGAGAAGAUGGCGGAGACACAGCAAAUUAUGGCAAAAAGUAAGGUAGAAGCUGCUAGGUUGACUGAUAAGGUUUUCAAGUAUGAACUUGGUGUCCAAAAGCUUUUUCUUCUACUGGAGUGUAUGAUGAGUUUCUAUGUGACACUCUGGGUUUCUAGUUCUUCUCUCUUUGUUCUCCUAAUGUCUAACCAACCACCGAGUGAUGCUGAACCUCAAGACGAGGAUGGCAGCAUAUAUCCAGAAGAGUUGUACACAUUUGAAGAAUUUGAAGCCGAGCAAGAAGUAUUAGAAGACCUGCAAGAUGAGAUGGUUGCAUAA